AAACUCCGCAUUCCAGCCUCCUCCUGCUGUUCUAAAAGCAGCAAAACAAGUCAUCGCAGAGUCCCAGCAGCGAAUUACUCUGCCCAGCUUCCUUUCCAAAAAGGCCCGGGAGAGAGCUCCAAAGUCAACCACUAAUGUGCACAAACGCAGGACAUGCAAGAGGCAGAGGCACGGGCCCCCUUGUGAGCAGCAGACCGGCCUGGUGGCUGGCAACAGGACCCCCUCGCCUGCAUGCUGAAGAAGAUGGGUGAGGCCGUGGCCAGAGUUGCAAGGAAGGUCAACGAGACUGUGGAGAGCGGCUCUGAUACCCUGGAUCUGGCCGAGUGCAAACUGGUUUCCUUCCCCAUUGGCAUCUACAAGGUCCUGCGGAAUGUCACCGACCAGAUCCACCUCAUCACGCUGGCCAACAACGAGCUCAAGUCCCUCACCAGCAAGUUCAUGACCACGUUCUGUCAGCUCCGAGAGCUCCGCCUGGAAGGGAACUUCCUGCACCGCCUCCCCAAUGAGGUCAGCACCCUGCAGCACCUCAAGGCCAUUGACCUCUCCCGGAACCAGUUCCGUGACUUCCCCGAGCAGCUCACCACCUUGCCAGCACUAGAGACCAUCAACCUGGAGGAGAAUGACAUCGUGGCAGGUCUCAUCAGCACGAAACAAGUUUGCCAGGCAGUAAUGCUAAUGAUUGAGGAGGUAAGGUCAAGCCGACCUCAGGAAGAUGUGCCUGUGGAGAAGCUGGCCACCAUGCCCGCCUUGCGCAGCGUCAACCUCCGCUUCAACCCCCUGAGCCCUGAGGUGCGCGUCAUCGCUCCGCCACUCAUCAAGUUCGACAUGCUCGUGUCCCCUGAGGGUGCCCGACCCCCUCCACCUUAGGCCUCUCUCCUCAUGGCCACCCGGUGAGGGACUGAGGCCACCUGGGCUGGCACCCUGAGGGAAGGGCGUCCCACAGGCCCCUGGGAGGCCAAGCCUGGGGUGGGGGGAGCUGGGGGCGGGUGGGACAGAGAGCACGUGCUGGGAGGGGGCCCAGCUGGCUCUGGAUAGAUAGCUUAGAGCAGUAGUGGGCCCUGGGGUCCCCUGAGGCUGGAGCCUGGAUGCUGGGCGCCCGCAGCUUCUGUGUGCAUCUGGACAGACGCCUACCCUCUACGAGACUUGUUUGGGCAAAGGGGCAGCGGUGGGGGUGGGGGCCUUUGCCAGUCCUUUGAGCUCCUUGAAGGCUUUUUGGGCAACAUAUGCCUUCAGGUUGUCUUCAGGCCAUCAGGCUCCUUCGGAGCCCGCAGAUCACUUUCUGGGCCACUGUGGGUUUGAGGCCUUGCUUCUGGCGCUGAAAGCCAGCCGCCACUCUGAGAGGACUAGAAGACAACCUCCCUCUGCUUAUUGCUUCCUGAGGACUGACCUGCAUUGGGCCCUCUAUGGAGCGCCAUCCACAGCCCCGUGGGUCUCUAGAUUGGCGGGAGCCGGUGCCAGGAGUCGUGGGAACGCUGUGGGGAGAGUGUGGCUCUGCUCGAGCCAGGCUGCGGAUGUUUAUAGAGGAGCCCAAGGCCCAUCAGUCCAGGAAGAGGAGCAGAUUGGGUCCUUCGUGAUGAAGACAUGAGCUGGGCAGGCAGUUCUAAGGGUUCCGCAGGACAGAUGAGGUGUGCCUGGCAUCAGCCCUUGAGCCACGCAGGAGGUGGCCCAGGAGAAGCCAAGCCAGUCGUACCUGUGGCUUGGGUACAAGGUGGUUGGCUACCACCAUGGUCUCCUUCUGGCAGCAGCCUGGCCGCCGCCUCAUUGGUCCCCCGGGGGGGGCAGAACACACUGUAGACCUUCGGAUUUGUGGCUAGCCAGCUCCCAAGCCUCCACCCAAAACCCUGCACCUAGUCAUUUCUGGGCCCUCCACUUGGGGUCUAGGAUGUGGCCAGGCCAUAGGACUGGGACUGAGGGGUUUCCUGGGACAUGGGAUUGCAGUGCUCCCGCUGAGACAAUACCUGGCAAACAGGGACAGCUGGUUUCCUAUGAGCAAGGGACUUGGGACUCUUGCUGAUCAUAUCUGUGGUGUGGAGAACCCUGACCUCUUGAUCCCCCAGGCAUCCACCUCCCACCUUCUCAUCUGUGGAGCCAACAGACUCAGAGCCCACCUGGCCUGGAUCUUUGUCUUGGUCUGUGGGAGAUAGCUGAGACCCCAGGACAUGGUGCAGACCAGGCCACCCAACCCUACAUCCAAACAUUGAAAGCCACACUUCCAUGCCCAUGGUUAAGCUUCUUCCAAUCCCAGACCCUCCUCCUCAGAAUGCCGUGUUCCUUGUCCCCUCCCCAGCCCUGGGGCCCGCCUCUGCCCAGGCCUCCUGCCUCCUAGCCAGACUGACAGGUUGGACCAUUGUUGGCUCAGAGUGCUCAGCGUCCCAAGAGAUGCUGUGUUGACUGUGCUCUGGGAAAGGGGUUUGCAGGCCAGGGAGAUCCAGAUGGAUCUUCCGGCCUGCAGGGCUCAGCUGUGGACAAGUGGGAACUGUGGCCCCGUCCGGACUGGCCUGGCCUCCCAACCCUGUGUCGCGGCAUCAAAGAAGAAGUGCACUUUUCUGAGAGGCACAAAGGCACUGUGUGGCCAGAGCCUCGCAACCCAGAGUGUGAUCUGGGGACCAGCAGCACUGGCAUCUAUGGGAACUUGUUAGAAAUGCAGAAUCCCAGGCCCCACGCCAGACCUCCAGCAGCAGCACCUGCGUUUCAACAAGAUUCCUAGGUGAUUCCUAGAAGCACUUUAUCGUUUGAGAAGCCAGGGCCUAGGUGUGACCCUGGGCUCAUCCUUGGAGUGGAGGACAGAGGUUUCAGCCCUCCCCCUGCUACUCCAGGUCUCUGAGGCUGUGCCCACUCCCAUCCCUAAACCAGCCCCAGGACACCCCAGGCCUCUCAGAUCUUUUCAGAGUCUGCAUGACUCUUGCAGCAAAGGGAAUGAUCUGAAGUCCUCAGGAGAUGAGGGUUGAGUUUGCCUGGCCCUCUGGCCACUGCCUUCCUGGUUACCCUCUGCAUAGCCAGCUCCUGCUUCCCUACAUCCUCACAUCGGGCCCUUUUGAAGGGGUUACUUCUGGAAGUUGUUUUCUACUCUGCUGGGAGAGUCUUCCCUUGCCUGUGUGGGAAAGCCUGAGGUGCAGAAGCCCCCAGAUCAGAGCCCACAGUGUAAAUGAGCCCUUAGCUUCAGUCUGCAAUAAAGAACGCUUUAGUUUCAUCUG